CGUUCCUGAUUUGUACAGCCGAAGUACUUUUUCUAUGGUGCAAACUCACAGAAUAGAGACAUCUAGAAAUGGCGAAGCUGUUAAACGUUUUCGGCGGGUAGAUUGCAUAGAUUGUGCAUUUUCAUCAGAAUUUUUGAUUAUCGGGUUGAAUGGGCUCGAUAAUCGCAAAUUAGUGUUAAACAUAUGUUCAGUGCAUCAGAAAAUGGAACUUCAACAGGAUGUCUGCAUUUUGUGUACAGCAAAAACAAAAGUGGUUGUUCCUUCUCAAGCACAAGAUAUUACUUCGAUAAUAAGUUCAGUUUUGUCAGAAAAAAUAAAUCUUGAAGAAUUUCAAAACGUGCAUUCUUCUCUCAAAGUGUGCCCACUGUGUUUGCAAAAUUUGUUAACUGUAAAAAUUUUGAAAGAGAAGUUUAAUAAGAAAUUGUCCGUCGCCGCCGCUGAGUGUUGUUUAUGCAGUUGUAGUAAUCAUCUGGUCGUCCCAAGAGACUGGCAAGAAUUGGAUGAUAUUCUGGAAAAUAUAACAGGUCUUAAAAGAGGAAAGGGCAGUCUAAUUUGCUUAAACUGCAUUAAAUGCUUACAUCUUCUGGAUAGUAUAAGAGAUAAUUUGGUUAAAAAAUAUGUUCUGUUGUCUCAAAAAUCAGAAUCAGUUAGAUCUAAAAUUGCUUCAAUCAAGAAAAAGCACCAUGAUGGCAAUACAUUUAAAUGCAUAAACAACCUAGACACUGCUCUUAAACACUUGACUCCUGUAAAAGACAGCAAAUAUAACUGUGCCAAUCUUGAUGACAUAAAGCUUCUAAAACAAGUUGCAUUUGUGAAGGUGUAUAGCAUGGAGUCAAGGGAUGAUACAAGAACAAGUAAAUCAAAAAAUCUGCAUUCAUCCUUAACCAACCAUAACUUUUUCAAAAUUAAAAUUAAGCCUAAGUCCAAAAAUAUAUCUGUACAUAGAAGGUUACCACCUAAAAUUGACAAAAAAUUAAUCUCCAGUGACAAAAAUCUGAUCGUAAGGGUAGCUCGCAUGAAUUCCAAUAAUCUUGAUUUGAAAACAUCUUUAGAUGUACUUAAAACUCCAACAAAAGCAAGUCGCAAAAUGAUGCUAGAUAAGGAGACUUGGUACGGGAAAAAACGAAAAAGUGUCACAUUUGCAGAUGAGAGGAACAUUGAAAUUGAAUAUAGGAACUACGAACCAAAAAGAGAUCUUGAAGAAAAGGGAGAUUCUACCCCCUUAAAGCCAUCUUUAAAAAAAUCAGGCUUCAAUUAUGAAUAUGCAAAGAGUAAGGAGUUUGAUAGCGAUGAAAGUACUGAAAUGUGUUCUUAUGUAGAGGAUAUUAAAAAGAACAUUGACAAUAUUUUUGAUAGCUUCAAAGCAGAUUUAAAAACAACCACCAAGGGUGGUAACGAAGAAAAACAAGCGAUAGUGAUUCAUGGUGAUAAUGAAGUAGUAGAAAGUAAAGAAAAUGAAGAAGAGAUAGAUAAACAAAAUCUAGAAAAUAGAUCUGAAAGGAGUUUGGCCACUAAUAAGCAGAACGAAGUCAGUGAUGACUAUUUAUGUGCAAUAAACAGCCAUAAAAACACAGAAUCAGAAUCUGAUAAAGGGUCAAUAAUUGAAGAAGUAAUCUGUGUUAACACCAAUUGCAAACCUGUAGCGGACAAGAACCAAUUUCUAUCAACUAAAUCUGUUAUGGAAGAUAUAGAUAAAGAUAAAGAAAAUGAAGAAGAGAUAGAUAAACAAAAUCUAGAAAAUAGAUCUGAAAGGAGUUUGGCCACUAAUAAGCAGAACGAAGUCAGUGAUGACUAUUUAUGUGCAAUAAACAGCCAUAAAAACACAGAAUCAGAAUCUGAUAAAGAGUCAAUAAAUGAAGAAGUAAUCUGUUCUAACACCAAUUGCAACCCUGUAGCGGACAAGAACCAAUAUCUAUCAACUAAUUCUGUUAUGGAAGAUAUAGAGGCUGACAGAAUACAGAGUUGUCAAGAGUUAAGUUCAGCUGUUAAUAAAGGAAAAGAAAUUCAUAAGAAAACCAGUGAUGAAGUGAAAAAUCCAGGAGACAAUGUUGUCAGGACCAUAGUAGAUGGUACCCUAGAACAACAAAUUGAUUCCAGCAUUGCUAAUGAAGGGGCACAAAGAAACCUCAAUAAUGAUCCAAAUGGAGAUGAUAAAAGGAAGUUUGAGACAUCUGAUGAAGAAAAACUGGAUUCAAGUCCAAAACGCAUCAAAUUUAGUGAUGGCCAAGGUAAUGAAGACAAACUUAUUGAUUUUGAGGUCACUGACACUAUUACCCCUAAACCUCAGAAUGAACAACCAGAUAGCAGAGAUGUUUAAAUUAAAUGGCAAUUUAUAAGAAACUGACACACCAAGGUGAAAUAAAAAUCUGGUUAUUUAUCUAGUUGACUGAAAGUCCUUGUAGCAGUUUAGUCAACUUAUUUCAAAAAUCCUAAUCUGAAUUUAUUUGUCGUUCAAUGUUGUUUUUUAAGUUUUUGUAUGACGAAAAUGGUCUUGUAGGCAUUAAAUAGAUUUUUGCAAAUAUUUCAUUGUAUCAGCUUCUCAUUUUGUUAAUUAACAAAUAUAAUAGCACAUGAACUGAACCUGGCAGAAAAAUAUCACAAUUUAUUAUAAUAUAUAUUUACUUAAUUUCAGUCUUUUGAUGUUACAGGAAGCUAAUAAAAAUCUAAAACAAA